AUGUCGCGGAAAUCGGUUCUUCAUCUCGAAUUUGACCCACAUUGCCAUGAGACCUAUGAUAUGACUUACCUCAUAGAAUGGGAGGGUGACAUGACAGGACACAUGAACUGCCAAGAUUCGGAUAACAAGGACAACAUUUGUUGCAACCCGCAAUAUUCAGACCCGCCGUCACCCCCUUGGCACUCAUUGCCGGAACCAACUCUCAAUCUCUUUAUAAAAGAACUAAAAACCAUGCAUUACGAGCAGGUAGCCAUGAAACUUCGAUCCGGGACACAGUACCGCGCUCAAUGGAACGAAGGCUGGGAUCAACUUUGGGCCACGUCGGUAUUGUCUAUUGAACGAGAUUCCAUCAUUCACUUCUUCAACAAGGAAGUUAUGCUAUACAUAGACGAAGAGGUAGUCUACGGGACAGAGCACUCCUUACGGCUUGACCUUACAGGACGUUAUUUUUAUCGUACUUGGCUCCGCCAAUAUAAUGGCCGGUCCCCAUUGCAAAGGGGUGGAUUUAUCGCCAGGCAUAUGUUUCUACCACAGCAAUUGCGAAUGAAUCUGGCUCAACUAUCUACUUAUCAUAUGGAGCUUUCCGAGAUGCUUUCCCAAUCCCUCAAUGACCCUGUCUCGUUCAACACUUGUUUUGAUACCAUGGCUGCCCCGCCCAUUAAAUCCUUUCGCAACCAUGGUUAUCUCAUGCGUCCUUUAUUCAAGGCCUUGUAUAUGGUAAUUGACGACCAAUUCGAAGCAUAUCAGAACGACCUAAUCACACCAUUCAGACGGGGCGACAACAACUACAAGGAGAAGGUCCAAGAAUUCCUAUCUUCAAAUCACACUGUCUUGUUAGUGAGGACAUGCGAAGAUUCUCACUUGAUCUCUCCAGUCAGCUUCUUACCACUUUUUGAGUCUGGUCCGGCAUUGGCUGUCAACCGCCCCGAUUAUGAGGAUGGACCGGAGCCGACAGUUGUGCGAGUCCGGUUAGAAACGGCCCUUGAGUUCGUUUCUGAACUACUCAGCAGGGAAGAAGCAGCUAGCAAAGAAGCAGCCCAGGCAAGGGAGAGCCUGGAACAGGAACAGGAGACUGGCUGUCAGGAAUUUAUUGACAGGAUGAUUGACCACUGUCAAGAGUUUGGAAUCGAUUCUCACACGCGUUCUUGGACUGCUUUCCGGCGUGCCAGAGCAAGAUCGAAUAAUGAGGCCUUUGAAUAUGAUCAGAUUAGUCCACCGUGGGAAUGGCUCUCUCGAUGGUGCUAUUGGAUAACUUGA